UCGCGUAUUCUCGUCCUCUCUACCACAUGACGUGAUAAACCUGCACAACUGAACUAGCAACCUAUAUUUCUGCAAAGAAAAUUAUUGUUUAUCACCCUUUCUGUGUUUUAUGGAUUACGAAAGUAUUUCAUUCUAAUACUAAACGUGAUAAAGGUGGACAUGAACAUAUUUUUGGCGGCGUAAUUUUGGUGAUUUUACAGAACGAGACCGGUUUUGUGUUACCACGGAUUUGACAAAUAUGCAUGUGUAAGAAGCCAUGAUGUUCUCGUAAAAGGCAAAACAAUUGAUAACUUAUGUACAUUACCAGGGGUUUUUUCUUCAACGUAAGGUAAACCAUGUCUGCAAGAGCGGUAGAUCGAAUAGACCCAUUCACUAGCAAAGCUUCAGUGAAGUCGAAAAAGCAAAAACGGUCUCAAGGGUCGUCGCACUAUCGGACCAAAAAUGCCCCAGAACUGCAAGCACUACCACAGUUAAAAGACACUGUUCCUGCAGAGCAACAAGAAUUGUUCAUUAAGAAAUUACAGCAAUGUUGUGUUGUGUUUGACUUUAUGGACCCUGUAUCAGACCUCAAAAGUAAGGAGGUGAAAAGAGCCUGUCUUAAUGAACUUGUGGAUUACAUCACAGCUACUCGAGGUGUUCUGGCCGAACCUGUGUAUCCAGAGGUGGUCCGUAUGAUUGCUUGUAAUAUAUUCCGUACAUUACCGCCAAAUGACAACCCUGACUUUGACCCAGAGGAAGAUGAUCCCACCUUAGAGGCUUCUUGGCCACAUUUACAGAUUGUUUAUGAAUUCUUCCUAAGGUUCUUAGAAUCUCCAGAUUUUCAACCAAGUCUUGCAAAGAAAUAUAUAGACCAAAAGUUUGUUCUGCAGUUGCUGGAGCUGUUUGAUAGCGAAGAUCCUAGGGAGAGAGAUUUCUUGAAAACAGUGUUACAUAGAAUAUAUGGAAAAUUUUUAGGUCUUAGAGCUUUCAUUAGGAAACAGAUAAAUAAUAUCUUCCUCAGGUUUAUAUAUGAAACAGAAUCUUUUAAUGGUGUUGGGGAAUUGUUAGAGAUUUUAGGCAGCAUUAUUAAUGGUUUUGCAUUACCUCUGAAAGCAGAACACAAGCAGUUUUUAAUUAAAGUCCUGAUACCUCUGCACAAAGCCAAGACCCUGAAUCUGUAUCAUGCACAGUUAGCUUAUUGCUCAGUGCAGUUUCUCGAGAAAGAUUCAUGUUUAACUGAGGAGGUUAUAAAAGGACUUCUAAAACUUUGGCCUAAAACCUGUAGUCAAAAAGAGGUUAUGUUCUUGGGAGAAAUUGAGGAGAUACUGGAUGUUAUUGAACCAACCCAGUUUCAGAAAGUCAUGGAGCCCCUGUUCCGGCAGAUAUCUAGAUGUGUCUCUAGUCCACAUUUUCAGGUUGCAGAAAGGGCACUGUAUUACUGGAACAACGACUACAUCAUGAGCUUGAUUGAGGAAAACUCCAAUGUUAUUCUUCCUAUAAUGUUCCCAGCCUUGUAUAAAAUCUCGAAGGAGCACUGGAAUCAAACUAUUGUAGCACUGGUCUAUAAUGUUCUCAAAACCUUCAUGGAAAUGAACGGAAAACUGUUUGAUGAACUUACUGCCAACUACAAAGCCGAGAGACAGAAGGAAAAGAAGAAGGAAAAAGAUCGAGAGGAGCUAUGGAAAAAGCUAGAGAAGAUAGAAUUUAAUAGUAAAAACAAGAUGAACAACAAAACUUAGUCUGCCAACAACAGGAACCGUUACUUUGUGUGCAUGUGUGUGUGAAUAGCUCCGCCCACGACUAUGCAGGUCGUGACCUCACUGUGGCUCAUCAGAAUGUAUAUGCGCAUGUUAAAUGUGUCAGGUAUUACAGAUACUGGGCACAGGAGUCAUGGAUUCUUUAUUUUUCAUGGACAUAGAAUGUUUAUCUACAGAGAGUUUAUCAAUGUUACUUAUAGCAUCUUGGUAGUGGCAUAAUAUUGUCAACUUUUUUGGGUUACACAUUGAAUUGUAGACAAAAUGUGACUACUUGUAUUAUAAAUUCGUAUUCCCCUGCCUUAUGCUAAAUGUUAAGAUAGUGCCAAGUGUGUACCAGUAGUGAAAUCAUUUCCUACUACACCCUUAUAUCUACCUAUUGUAUUGUAACUUAACUCACUAUGUAACAGGCUUCGGUUCAAAGAGAAAUGCUCCGUGGUUUAGUUUGCAGUCACUGGAGUAAGUGCUAUAUUGAGAGCAGUAUAAAUUGUGAACUAGACGAGUUGCCUCUGUUGAAGGAGGUUUAUCUACAUAUACAUAUGAAUUCUUCUUGUGAGUACUGAAUGCUAGAGAAGCUUCUGUAGUAUAAAAUUUGGAUGAAUUGUCCAGCUACCAGACCAUCCCUGACCCCUCUUCAAGUGUUCUGAACUGACCAGGUCCUCGAUAAUUUUUCUUAUCCCCCAACAGUGUAAUAUUACCACAUGUAAUUGCAUUUAUUGUCAUCAGAUUGAGUUCGAAUACAUAUACAAACACACACACAACCAUUGUCCCUGAAGAAAAAAGGAUUGUGUCUGCAUCAUUACUAAAGAAGGUGCAUUACAGUUAAUAGUUAAGAUCACAAAGCCCACAAUAUGUAACAUCAAAUCAAAAUCUCUUCAUCUUGUUAAGGUGUUAGAUGGGUCUCUUCAAGUCCAUUUAUUAUGAGUACUUCAGUUUUCAUCAGGUUCAAUAUCAUCAGAAGUGGUUGCAAACGAUAGAUGUGUUCACUUUAUUUCUGUUGUUUGUCUUGUGAAAUAAGUCGAUGAUUUCCCUUUCUGUCUGUUAAAUGUAAUACUAUUGUUUUUGUAAAAUCUACUAGUAAUAUCGUAAGCUUUCAAAUAUCAAGAGACAAACAUACUGAAGUUGUUUUAUAUCAUAUACCACUUUGGGAAGGCAUAUAUUUUUUAACACGUCGUAUUUUUAAGUGUUUGGUGGGGUAUUGAGUGCUUACAUUGUAUGACAAACCACUAUGGACUCUGCUGGUCAGAGUGGUAAUAAAUAAAUUUCAAAUACUACAGAGGCCAACUAGCAUAAUGUACAAUCUGUCCCAAUUAUUUUCAGUUCUAAUUGUACUGUGUGUGUACAUUGUUGAAUAAGUAUGUUUAAUGACAGAAGUAUUUAUUAAUCUGUGGCCCGUUUUAUUUUUAUUAUGCAAUAAAAUGUUGAUAUACAGAUAGUUUUUGAUGAGUGAAUGUGAAAAUAAUGUGUAUAGUCACCAAAGUUUUGUACAUAGUUUUGUAUUAUAUAAUUUGCAGACAAAAGCACAAAUGUACUGUACCUUCCUUGAUUUCUGAAGGAUAACUUCGUACCAGUCAGGUUCAGUGUUAUCUGAUUCUAUUUAUAUCUCUGAAUUAAGUAAAAAGUUGCAUUUCGACACACACCCUCUUCAUGUGAAUUAAUUUUUGGUUGUUUUUUUUAUCAAAUUGUAAAUGAUCACUAAAUUUUGUGUUGAAGGGAAUUUGUAAAAUUUAUCUUAUGAGAAUUCAGUAAAGCCUUUCUUGAUUUGAUUAUUAACUCAAAUCUCUGGGGUGUACUAUUCAUACAACUGCAUUCUUUUUAUGAUAAAGAACCAGUUUGGUGCUUUGAGCCCAGAACACAUUGUCCCAUUAGUAUGUACAUGCAUGUCACAGAUGAAUCGUGUAUACAUGUGAAUUUUUAUUUAGGAACAAAAUUUGUCCACUUGAUUGGCUUAUACAUUAAAAAAAAGCACCAGAAAGCAGCUUAUUUGGAAUGUUUGAGUUGUAUGUGCAAACUAUCUUUAACAAAUUGGAAAAUUUAUUUUCAGUUCAGCAUGAGUACUUGUUUGCCUCCCUUAUUGAUUUUCCUAAUGUAUCCCUCUGCAUGACUUGUUUUAACACAUGGUGUUAUGUUACACAUUUUGGCUAUGAAUUAGGUAUACAACAAGUUGAUGUACAAGAGAUUUAUGUAUCAAUAAAAUGGGCUCAAUUCAG